GUAUAAUGAGGUCGUAUGUGUGUGUACGUGUGUUUCUUACAGAAGUAUAAGGAGUUUGAGCGAGCGGUGCGUGUAGAAGAGAUAGAUGGAUUGAGGUUGGUGAAGAAGCUGGCUGAGAACAUGGAGGAGAUGUUCCACAAGAAGUCUGAAGCCAUGAAGCGUCUGGUGGAGGCAGCAGAGGAGGCCCACCUGCAGCAUGAAGAUGACCCAGACCUACAGUAUGAGUAUUUCAACGCAGUAUUAAUUAAUGAGGUGGAUGAGGAAGGUAACAGUAUGGAGCUGGGAGGAGACUUCCUUCUGCAACCCAACGACCACUUCAACAACCUGUCUGUCAACCUCAGCCUCAGUGUGGUGCAGGUGCCCACCAACAUGUACAACAAAGACUCAGCUAUAGUAAAUGGAGUUUACUGGUCUGAAGCCUUGAAUAAAGUGUUUGUGGAUAACUUUGAGAGGGACCCAUCCCUCAUAUGGCAGUACUUUGGCAGUGCCAAGGGCUUCUUCAGGCAGUACCCAGGGAUCAAAUGGAGACCAGAUGAACAUGGAGUCAUUGCUUUCGACUGUCGCAACCGCAAAUGGUACAUCCAGGCAGCCACAUCUCCUAAGGAUGUAGUGAUCUUGGUGGAUGUGAGUGGCAGUAUGAAGGGCCUGAGGCUGACCAUUGCCAGACAGACCGUCUCUUCCAUACUGGACACACUGGGGGACGACGACUUCUUCAAUGUCAUUGCUUACAACGACGAGGUACACUAUGUAGAGCCAUGCCUGAAUGGAACUCUGGUCCAAGCUGACGUCACCAACAAAGACCAUUUCCGGAUGAAUCUGGAUAAGCUGUUAGCUAAAGGCAUCGGCAUGCUGGACGUAGGUCUCACUGAAGCCUUCGAGGUCCUCAAUGAUUUUAACCAGACAGGUCGAGGCAGUGUGUGUAGUCAGGCCAUCAUGUUGGUGACCGAUGGGGCAGUUGAUACUUAUGACUCUGUGUUCGCCAAGUACAACUGGCCCGACAGAAAGGUCCGGAUAUUCCCCUACCUGAUUGGUCGAGAGUCAGCCUUCGCAGAUAACCUGAAAUGGAUGGCCUGCGCCAAUAAAGGUUACUUCACUCAGAUUUCCACUCUGGCUGAUGUACAGGAGAAUGUGAUGGAGUAUUUGCAUGUGCUCAGUCGGCCCAAAGUCAUUGCCCAAGAGCACGAUACGGUGUGGACCGAGGCCUACAUUGACAGCACCGUGAGUGGACACCGCUCCCCCAUCUCUCACAUGCUCCCUCAGGCUCAAAAGUUGGAGGAUAGUCAGGGUCCUAUUUUGAUGACCACUGUGGCCAUGCCUGUGUUCAGCACCAAGAAUGAGACGAGGAAUAGAGGCAUCCUGCUAGGUGUGGUUGGUACUGAUGUCCCUGUCUCUGAGCUCCUCAAAACCAUCCCAAAAUAUAAGCUGGGCAUCCAUGGUUACGCGUUCGCCAUAACUAACAACGGGUACAUUCUGACCCACCCUGACCUCAGACCGUUGUAUGAGGAGAGUAAGAAACGUAGGAAGCCCAACUACAGCAGUGUGGACCUGUCUGAGGUGGAAUGGGAAGACAAGGACGACAUACUGCGUAAUGCCAUGGUAAACAGGAAGACUGGCACCUUCUCCAUGGAGGUAAAGAAGACUGUGGACAAAGGGAAGCGUGUGCUGGUACUGCACAAUGAUUACUAUUACACUGACAUCAAAGGAACCCCCUUCAGUCUAGGGGUAGCCCUGUCCAGAGGCCAUGGGAAAUACUUCUUUAGAGGAAACGUCACCGUAGAAGAAGGUCUUCAUGAUCUGGAGCACCCUGAUGUUCAGCUAGCAGAUGAAUGGACAUACUGUGACACAGAUGCGCACCCAGAGCAUCGGUACCUGUCUCAGAUAGAAGCCAUCAAACUCUACCUCAGUGGACGAGAACCACACCUUAAAUGUGAUAAGGAAUUGAUCCAGGAGGUUCUGUUUGAUGCUGUAGUAACGGCUCCUUUAGAGGCCUACUGGACCAGCCUGGUACUAAACAAGUCAGAGAACUCUGAUAAGGGCGUGGAAAUAGCCUACCUGGGCACACGCACUGGCCUCUCCAGAAUCAACUUGUUUGUGGUUCCGGACCAGCUGACCAAUCAAGAUUUCCUGACAGCUGAAGAUAAAGAAGGUGUGUUCAACGCGGAUCACUUUCCCCUGUGGUACAAGAGAGCGGCAGAACAGGUUCCUGGAACCUUUGUCUACUCUCUCCCCUUCAACACAGGGAAGGACAAUAAUACUGUAGUGUUGGCCAGCACUGCCAUUCAGCUACUGGACGAAAGAAAAUCACCCAUUGCUGCCGCUGUGGGGAUCCAGAUGAAGCUGGAGUUUUUCCAAAGGAAGUUCUGGACAGCCAGCCGACAGUGUGCAGCGUUGGAUGGGAGAUGUUCUAUAAGCUGUGAUAAUGAGAACAUCAACUGUUACUUGAUAGACAACAAUGGUUUCAUCCUGGUUGCAGAGGACUACUCUCUGACAGGGAUGUUCUUUGGAGAAGCAGAGGGGGCAGUGAUGAAUAAACUGCUCCUCAUGGGUUCCUUUAAGAGGGUUACUCUGUAUGAUUACCAGGCGAUCUGUAGGAUCUUUGCAGAAAGUAGUGACGGUUCCCGUGCACUACUGGACCCCUACUUUGCCAUCUUUGCCGCAGUGAAGUGGCUCCUUACAGAACUUGUCAUUUUUAUGCUGGAGUUUAAUCUGUACAGCUGGUGGUACUCUGACCUCACAGCCAAAGCCCAGAGGGGUGAUCGGACCAUGUUGGUGCCAUGUGAUACAGAGUACCCAGCCUUCGUCUCAGAGAGAACCAUUAAGGAGACCACUGGGAACAUCGACUGUGAGGGAUGCAUCAAAUCAUUUGUGAUCCAGCAGAUCCCCAGCAGUAAUCUCUUCAUGGUGGUGGUAGACAACAAGUGUGACUGUUCUGAGGCUGCUCCAAUCACCAUGGACCCCAUCGAGAUCAUGUAUAUCGAGUCUCUGAAGUGUGAACGACUGAAGUUCCAGAAGGACCGGAGACGACCUGACUCCUGCCACCCCUUCCACCCAGAGGAGAACUCUAUGGAGUGUGGAGGAGCUCUCAACCUCUCCCCAUCGCUAAUGGCAACACUGCUCUGCCUGCUGCUGGCGCUGUUUCCUAGGUGACCAGGGCUGACCACGCCCCCCAAUCCCAGGCUUGGCUGGGAUUGGCUCGGCUCGGCAUGCAAAUGAAUCCCUGACUACGCCACAGAUAGAAAUCACAAACCAACCCCUAGCCCUUCUAAUAGCCCUUCUCCUAGCCCUUCCCCUAGCCCUCCCCCUAGCCCUCCCCCUAGCCUUUCCCUAGCCCCCCCCCCCUAGCCCUUCCCCUAGCCUUUCCCCUAGCCUUUCCCCUAGC